AUGGGAUUUUUGAGUGGUUUUCUCAGUAACAUCCACAAGCAUUUAGGGCAGCAUAAAGGAGAAAUUACAGAAGCUAUUAAGUCACUUGAGCAAAAUAAACACGCCGGUAAAAACGGUUUUAAUGCUGCGAUUGCGGAGGUGGUUAAAGGGGUGCGGGGGUAUAAUAAGGCAGUGGAGCAGUCUAAUAAAAAGGUUGAUGAAGAGUUCAAGAGAAGUGUAGCUGACAUAUUCCCGGAAAAAACGCUCUCAGCCGCCAAGAACGCCGACGUUUUCAAUGCUGUAGACCAGAUUAACGAGAAGCUUAGACAUUGCCACCUGAGUGCUGAGAAAUUUAAUGGCACUUUUAAUUUUGAUAAACACAAUAAAACGAUAUUAAAUGCUGUCAAUGACCUAAAUCCUAAUUUAGUUAUUAGAGUUAAGAAUUCACUUAGCAAUGUUAAGCAUGAGAGCGAGCGGCUUAAGGCCUUGUCAGGGAAGGAGAAGAGCGAUUUGCGUGAUAUUUUGCAUCACAUUAGAGACAUUUUGAGAGAGUGUGCCAGCUGUGUAAAUGUGAAAAUUAAGAAGGAUGUUGAAAAGCUUGCCGAUUAUUUGAAAGAAAAAGUUGAAGAAAUUCUGAAAUCACUCGAAAGAAUGAGAAGGAAAUUGACAGAUCAUAUUAUGGAGCUAGGACGAUGGUUUGAAACAGCGAACUCCAUCAUUAAGGUUGCGGAAAACAAGAUUGCAUUGCUAUUGCAAGAAGCGGAGGGGUCGAAUAAGAAUCAGAUUGAGACCGCUGCUGUCCUCAUACGAGAGGAAGCCUCAGAGCUGUUUAAACGGUUCGAAAAUUUGAAUGCAAAAUAUUACGGCGUAUUCAAACUGAUCAAAGGAGAAAACGGGAAAGCUGACACCGACGGUGUUUUGAAAAAGAUUAAGGAGCUUCCAGAUCAGGUUAAGAGAGGCGUUUGGGGGUAUAAAUGGGAUGACAUGAAAAUCGAUCCUGUUUUGCAAGGGGCAAUAGACGGGCUCAAAAAUCAAAUUAAAUUAAAUAUUGAAGCAUACGUUAAGGGUGAAUUACCAAGUGAGCUGCAGUUGACGCUUACGAAGCUUACUGAUAAAAUCGCUAAACGGGAUGAUGUAAGAAUUAAAACACUCGGACACCUUGAUGAAGUGGUAAAAAAUCUAGGAACUUACGCUCAGGAUUUUCCGAAUACAUUCAAAGUGAAGCUUACGCAAAUGGUCAGAGGCAUUGUGGAUGCCGAAGCUGUAAUGUAUUGGCUUGAUGCGUAUGUUAGGGGGAACACUGCUAGUGGAAAUAGAUUUACUGGGAGUAUCGGGCUUAGCCAAAACGCCGAUAUAAUCCUUCCCAACGUAACUAAAAUAGUUGUCGAUGAGGUAAACGCCAAGCUGAUUUCAGUCAGCGGCAAAGAACCAACAGGUACACAAAAGACUGUGGAUGGCAAUUUGCUGGAAAUUCAUACAUUCGUCGGUACCUACGCUGGUCAGGUGAUGAAUCAACUCGAAAGCACAGUGUCUGCAAUUGAGGGCAAGCUGCAGGAGAAUCAAGAUUUACGUAUGAACGAUCCGUCUUCCUCCACGUACCAGUACUAUCUCAAGCACGCAGUGACAACCAUACUCACCGCAGUGCGAUCUGCCGCUAACGGAGCAAAAGACGAUGUGGAGAUAUUUAUGUCAAUGUCCAACAUCGCAGAAAAAUUACAGAAGGCAAUACGAGAUGUCAAAAAUCUUGGCAGUAAUAUGAAGGAUGCUGUAUACCAGAGUAGUUCGGGACAACUCGGCACUCUUGGGCAGUCGAUCAAAGGUGAUGUGGGCACUGCAGCCACUAACAAUGAAGUGGAGAAGCAACUCGAGACGCUGCUCAAAACAAUGGGAGAGAAAGCAGUCGCUAAGCUUCAAAGUGAGCUCAAAGCCCCCGUAAUCGACAAACUUGAAGGAAUUAGAAAUGAUGUUGACGAUCUCGUCAAUGCUGCAAAUAAAUCGCAAUCUGCGCUGUUCAACAAAGCCCAGGAAGUCACCUCCCAUGUUGCUUCUCUGUGCCACGCUAUCAAACAGGCGGCGGGAGAUCUAGAUCCAGAUGGUUUAAAAAACAAACUAAAAGAUUUGACGAAUCUUAUCAAUACGAAUACAGCGGAAAUUAACGGUAAGACAUAUAAAGGCCUUAAUAAGAUCCACACUGACCUGGGUGAACUUAGAAAUCUCCUGUUGAGUGAUCCGAUCCAAAAGGUACAGCAAUUCAUAAAAAAAGAAGUCACAUUAGUAAAAGCGCAAAUCGUCACGGAUCUUCAUCGAAGCGUCAAUAAUGAAGUGCAAUCGGCCAUCGAAAAACUCACCACCGAGGCGCGGAAGCAGUAUGUGACGUCCGUCAAAGGCAUGGUCACGGCUUUUGCAGAAAAGGUCCACACGGAACUCCAUGAGUUGCCUGCUGCCAUAGAAAGAGACAAACAUAUCGGAUUCAAAGGGUUCAUGGGUAAGAUGGAAAAAGGGUUAGUUAGCAAAGUUAAAUAUAUUAAAGAUAUAAAUUCGUCAUCGUCUACUCUACCAUCUCCAGUUAGCAAAGCGGCGCGUAUAGUCCGUGAUGGUGUACGGGACUUCGUCGAACUCUUUGAAAAGCAAGAGGACAUUGAAAUACAUAAAGACACGUUUCAGCAAACUAAGAAUGACUUUAAUAAUCUACUUCGACACGUUGAAUAUACUCAUCAUUUUGACCAUAUGUUCACCAUCAAUCUAGAUGACUUUGAAGGGGUGCUGAGAGCAUUCACUCCUGAAAUCAUGGAUGACCCACAGAGACAUUUGUUAACGCCGCUGAAGCGUGGUCUGCUGACAUUCGUUGAUGAACUCAGCAAGCGGUACGUGAACAAGUACUCGGGUAAGAAAAUCCAGUGGACAGAUACCACUAAUCCGAAGAAAGGUGAGGAACCAACAGCCGACGCAACCAACUGCGCUAAGGCAUUCCUCACAACUUUGGAGAUCCUGAGUAACGAUUUCCAUACGAUGUUAACAGAAUCUGUGAAAUCGUGGAAAGGGAAGAAAAUUAAUACGUAUGCAGAUAAUGUGUUCGGUUUGUGGUUAGAGGAUCGUGGCUAUAAAGUAAAUGCUGUGGAAGGCGAGCAGACCGGUGAACUGCAAGACAACCAAAAAAUGAGCGUGACGAGAAUAUACGAUCUUCUCAACUAUCCCAUUGGAAGCGUUGCCAAUAAAGGAGCGCAGCCGCAAUGGGUAAAUGACAUUGCCCAGCACAAAAAAACUACCAUGGAGCAUGCAUAUGUAAUCAACGUCGUCGACGUGCUACACUACCUUUACGGACAAACAAAGACAUACUACGAGGUCUGUCACUCCCGCCACAUCGAGAGACCUAAAUCGCCAUCAUCCGUCUAUCAAAUGCUCGCGUGGUUGACUGGACUUCCGCACAAUCGCGUGUUCCAAAAAGUAUCGGUCGGAGACAUUGGUGACCUGUUCGAGAAGCCUGAUGAGGAUAGCAAGGAAGCUGCUGACGGGCCUAUCCCUGUUGUAGAUGAUGAAACAUUAAAGGCACACCCAGAUAUCAUCACAGCAUCGAAUCUAUCAACAAACCUUCGUGACGUCUGCGUCUAUGCCGAAGACGUCUUGAUCGGCAUCCUCGGCCAUGGCCACGCGGACGGCAUUUAUGCCGUUGACUUCAACACUAACCCCGACGGUUUCUCCUAUCCCACCGCCCCCGGUGCGUGCUUCGAUAUGCUGUGCGACGUGCUGAAUCGGCUGUACCAACAACUCUUCUUCCUCUACGGCCAGUGCAGCAACGAGGAACCCUCCGUCAGUUGGCGUGACUGUUGGUACGGAAACCAAGUAGGCGGGUCAGCAUGGAACUGCAACACCAUGCAAUGUCCUAACCAAAAGGGCAACCAAAUACACAAGCAAAAGUGUAACCAAAAGUGUGACCAAACAGCUCAGUGCGGCAUAAAAUCGCCACUUCAAUGCUUUUUAGAAGAUGGUCUCCCCGGCUUUUUGCCACACUCCUUCAGCAAGCCGGGUUGUAAGCUGACAUGUACGCUCUCCAACCAUGGAGGUAUCCCUUGCAGAACGCCAAUGGGCUUCGCUGACAUAAGUGUCACUGCCUCUCACAGGCAGACGGGAGAGUAUCUCAAGAAAGUGCUUGAGGGCUUUUGCGGCAGUGAGUCCGCUCCACUAACCAAGCUGUGCGCUCAGCUGACGUGUCUCUUACAAAAGCCUCCGCAGACACUCGGAGACAUCUUCGCGUUCUACUAUGGCUAUAUCACAGAUUACACCGGCGGGUUUUAUGGAGUAAAAGCAUCGCAGACGCAUACGCAACAAGCAUUUAGAGAGGCUGUCAACGCAGCAUAUUUUGGAACGCAAUAUGGAGGCCUUGAUCCAAGUAUAUUGCUUGAUAAUCGUUCGCACCGUGACGCGCAUUCCAAGGGCGAUUUGAUCAGCAUAAGCAGCUGUACGUCUGCGUCAGUAGUACCUUGUGGUCUGUAUGUUAAAUCGCUGACGCAGGAAAUCACUAGGUAUUACUCCGCCGAACACAAGGCCAAUCACCUGUCGUGGAUAGUCUAUAUCACGGAGACAUUCUGCGAUCUGCUUAAAAAAUUAUAUGAUGACUGUUGCAAGAAAUGUGGACCAGCCGGAAGUAAGUGUCAUGUGAAAAGCUGUGUCGAAAACUGCCGAGUCAAAUACACUGAUUCAACAGGGAAGCCUACGACUCUAUCCCCUACCCACAACCAUUCGGCAAAAUGCAAAUCAAUCGUCACGUGCCGUGAUACUCACCCUACCCUGUACAGAUACGGUUUUACCUUCGGACAUCCAUGGGGACUUAAUGGCUCUGGUAAUAAUGAAGGGGCUAAAAGGACUUGCAGAGAUUUUUGUGAAGCGUUGAAAAAGAUGCUCGGUGAAAAUUCGGUUCUUAUUCAAUUACGACAUCAAAUUGAUAAGUUCCUCUGGGAUAUCAGAGAGAAAUUCUCGAUCACUGUAUUAGCCCUCUGGCUCCUCUCUUUCCUGUACCUGCUCCACAUCAUGGUCAUCCGCCUCGACCUGCUCCACAUCAAAUCUCACUUGCACUCACCAUCAUCGCAUCGUAUAGCUGCUCAAUCACUACUCGCCGCAGCACGUGUUAACAAGCUUAACAAAGUGUUUUACCUGCAACCAUAA